AUGAUUAACUCUCUACCUUUCUUUCUUUCUUUCUUUCAUUUGUGCCUUUUGUCUUUCUUUCAUUCUUUCUUUCUUUAUUCAUUUAUUUAUUUAUUAACCGCUUUCUUUUUUUUUGUGCCUUUUUUUCUUUCUUUCGUCUUUCAUUUAUUUGCCGCUUUCUUAUUUUUGUGCCUUUUUCUUUCUUUCUUUCUUUCUUUCAUUCUAUUUUUAUUUUUUCCCUGCUUUCUUUCAUUUAUUUGCAGCUUUCUUAUUUAUAAGCCCUUUUCUUUCGUUCUUUUUUUCUAUUAUUAUUUAUUUAUCGCUUUCUUUCAUUUGUGCCUUUUUUCAUUCUUUCGUCUUUCAUUUAUUUGCUGCUUUCUGAUUUUUGUGCCUUUUUUUUUCUUUCUUUCUUUCUUUCUUUCUUUCUAUUUUUAUUUUUUCCCUGCUUUCUUUCAUUUGUGCCUUUUGUCUUUCUUUCUUUCUUUCUUUCUUUCUUUCUUUCUUUCUUUCUUUGUAUUAUUAUUUCUUUUUUGCCUGCUUUCUUUCAUUUGCGCCUUUUGUCUUUCUUUCAUUCUUUCUUUAUUCAUUUAUUUAUUUACCGCUCUCUUUCUUUUGUGCCUUUUUCAUUCUUUCGUCUUUCAUUUAUUUUUUGCUUUCUUAUUUUUGUGCCUUUUUCUUUCGUUCUUUCUUUCUUUCUUUCUUUCUUUCUUUCUGAUUUCUUUCUUUUGUGCCUUUUUCUUACUUUUGUUCGUUCUUUCUUUAUUUAUUUCCUGCUUUCUUUCUUUUCUUAAUCAGAUUCUCUCUCUCUCUCUCUCAUUCCUUCACUUAUAUCUUCUCUUCUUUCUUUCUUUCUUUCUUUCUUUCUUUCUUUCUUUUCUUUCUUUCUUUCUUUUCUUUCCUUUCUUUCUUUCUUUCUUUCUUUCAUUUCUUCACUGA